CUCUGAGUCUGAGUCUGAGUCUGAGCAGGGCUUCUCUUGGAAUCAGAUGCAGAGCGCUAGGAGCUAGGUAGAUGAUGCAGAGGGGCACUUGCGGAAGACGACGUGUUCGUGAAGACUGGCAGAAAGGAAAGGAAUGGAGGCAGGGCGCGAGACGGCCAAUACAGGAAAAUUGAAGUUGCUUUGCUGAUUGUGGAAUCCCUGAUCAAGCAAACAUCAUAGCUGAAUGAGCGGGUACAUGAGCGGACAACACUCACAGCCACGCAGCUGUGUGUAUCAUCGGGCAGUUCAGGAGUUUGAGUAGUAGCUUCUGGCCUAUGCGAGCCAGGGAUCGCUAGAAUGGCGGCGGAUGAGAUGCAGAAGCGAGCAGAACUAAGACGGGCGAUUGGCGAACUGAGCGAAAGGGGCCUUGUGCAAGCCGCAAAAUGGGCUGCCGAGCAACUGGUCGGCCUCUCGGACGCGGACGGCCCCUCCACGUCCGGUGGCGUGUCCGCAACUCCCUCCGUAACCACACGGAAGUCCCGCAAGAAAGAGCCCUCUGCUCUCAAAGGUUGCCUGUCGCUAGAAGAAUCAGAGCAGACGAAAUCGGAAGAGGACGUGCUUUUGCUGGGGAAAGUGCUGUUCGACUCGAAGGAGUACAGGCGAGCGGCGCAUGCGUUGCGGGAGUGCACGAGCAAACGGGGGACGUUUCUGCGGUGUUACGCAACAUACUUGGCUGGCGAGAAGCGGAAAGAGGAGGAGAUCGUGGAGGUGGCGGGUCCGCUGGGGAAGAGUGACGUCAUCAACCAAGACCUGGAGAGCCUCGAGGCGGAGCUGGGGGGGCGCUACUUGCAAGGGCAACUCGAUGCUUUUUCCACGUACUUAUACGGCGUCGUUUUGCAUCAGCGGGAAAAAAAGGCGGAGGCACGGAAGGCCCUCGCCAUCAGUGUGAAUGCGUACCCCUGGAACUGGAGCGCCUGGCUCGAGCUGCAAGAGCUCUGCACCAAACUGGAGGACUUGCCGACGCUCGCGCUAGAGCCGCAUUGGAUGCGCGACUUUUUCCACGCGAGCCUCGCGCUGAAGGAGCAGAAGAACGAGGAGGGCCUCCAGCAGUACCGCGCGCUCGCGGCCGCGUUUCCGCGCAGCGACUACGUCGUCGCGCAGACCGCCACCGCGCACUACAACCUCCGCCAGUUCGACGAGGCUCAGGAGCUGUUCGAGCAGCUGCUCAAGUCGGACCCGUACCGCGUCGAUGGGCUUGACAUCUACUCCAACAUUCUGUACGUCAAGGAGUGCUUCUCGGCGCUCAGCUACCUGGCGCACAAAGCGGUGCUGACCGACAAGUACCGGCCCGAAACCUGCUGUAUCAUAGGAAACUACUACAGCCUAAAAGCGCAGCACGAACGGGCCGUGCUCUACUUCAAGCGGGCCCUAAAAUUGAACAGAAACUAUCUUUCGGCGUGGACGCUUAUGGGCCACGAGUUUGUCGAGAUGAAGAACACACCCGCCGCCAUCGAUGCUUACCGAAGGGCCGUAGAUAUCGACCCUAAGGACUAUCGAGCGUGGUACGGACUGGGCCAGACGUACGAGAUCCUCGCGAUGCCAUACUACGCGCUGUACUACUAUCGGAGAGCGACGCAGCUUAGGCCCAAUGACCCGCGCAUGUGGUGCGCAAUGGGCCAGUGUUACGAGAACGAGCAGCUAGGGAUGCAAGAAGCCGCUAUCCGGUGCUACCGGCGCGCCGUGAGCUACGAGGACCGCGAGGGGAUUGCGCUGCACAAGCUCGCGCGCCUGCAUCAACAGCUAGAGCAGAUGGACGAAGCGGCGCACUACUUCCGGAAGAACCUCGAGCGGAUGGAACAAGACCAGGCGGACGGGCGCGACGUGGUGGAGGCGCUGGUGUUCCUGGCCGCGUACUGCAAGAACCAGGGCCUAUUACACGAGGCGGAGCAGUACUGCACCAAGCUCAUGGACUAUGGGGCCCCGGAGAAGGAGGAGGCCAAGGCAAUCUUGCGAGAGAUCCGGAGCGUCCAAGAGCACGGCGUUCUAUCCCCACAUAUGGACCUCGAGAGUUAUACGCCUUGACGGAGCUCCGGAUGUUGACCUUAGGCGUGGCCUGUGGAACAGGUUGCGUGUCCAGCAGACUGGAGUGGUGCCCAUAUCAUGCGUCAAAUUCUUACAUGGCAAUGAGUCUCAGCAUCUCAUGUCAACUCUAAAGGACGCCGAGCUUCACAAAUGUUAAUCUGAACUCAAUCACAUCCUUGCUAUGUAUUUUGGACAUAGAAGAAACGUCUUCC